CGUCAGAUGGAGACACAACUUCAACCGAGUAUAGUUCAAUAACAGCAUUUUCUACUCCAAGUGUGAAGAGCCGCAUAGUGAAACUUUGUAUCAAUAUUUAACUUGUAAUCUUACAAGAAUUACCUUAUUACUUUGUAAUCUGUAAAAAAUGUUGAUUAAAGUCAAGACUCUCACAGGAAAAGAGAUUGAAAUAGAUAUAGAACCUACAGAUAAAGUAGAAAGGAUCAAGGAAAGGGUGGAAGAGAAGGAAGGUAUACCACCGCAACAGCAACGAUUAAUAUUCUCUGGAAAGCAAAUGAGCGAUGAGAAAACGGCGCAAGAUUAUAAAGUUCAAGGUGGAUCGGUAUUGCAUUUGGUACUCGCAUUAAGGGGAGGCUUAUAAUAAACGACAUUCCUCAGUUUGAAACGUGGAUGUGAACAUUAAGAAAAAUGUACAAGAUCAGCCACGAAAAUAUUCAGAUAUUUUCCAACGUUACAUGCACCCUGGUGCUUUGCAAGGACUCACGAUCAUCUUUGUUUCUCAAUGUGAUUGACGAACGGUUACAUCUAGAAUUGAAAUAAAUAUUUAAUAAAAUAAUUCAUCCAUAGAG